UGAAACCUCAAUGUCUUUCUUGUACUGAAGGGCCCAAAACUGAACUGAGAUAAAGAUUCUCCUUAGCCCUUCUUUGGUUGUUAAUGCUUUUAUAGGAAUACUUUAUUCUCUUUUUCUGCAAUAGCCAGGUUAAUUUCUAUUUGGUCUUUAGACCUUGUCACUUUCUCCAUGCUCACCAAGGCCCUGAGUGCUUCCUCUGCUCUUGCAGGCCAGUCUGCUCCAGUGCUGUCUUCUGUUUAUUGUUUUGGUUAGUUUUAGUGCCUGUAAAUACAUUUUUGCAACAGGUAUCAGUGAGGACCUUACAUUACAUCCACAGAUCAUACAUUCAGAAGCUUUAAGGCAUCUACAAGUGAUUUUGUUAUCAUUUCCCCAAUUUUGCUAUCCAUUUCUCUUUUUGGUUUUUUUGCACAUCUGUCUACAUCAGUCAGAAGAGUCAAAUUAUGUAUUUCAAAAACUGUGCAAGAUUUUCUGGAAUAGUUUUAUAGGUAAAUUAUGCAAAGUUACACUGAAUUUUGUAUUAACUACGAAUAGGUGGGGUUGUAUCCUCAUUCUUGAAAGGAGGGUCAGCACUUUAGAAAGAAGGCAUUGCUGCAAGACCUUAGGACUGCGAAUAAACUAUCCAGAUUUAAGAUAAACACAGUGGAAUCCUGAUUUUGAUAAAUAAGUUAAAGCAACUUGCUCUAAGUUUUCUUUUAGAAGACAAAGGGGAAAAAAAAGUAAAUGUGAAUUCACCAAUCUGAUUACAAACCAACUGACAAUACUCAUAGAUGAAGGACUAAAGCAAUUACAGGUUCCUGCUUUAUUUUAAGUUACAUUCUUCACUCAUGGCAGCAGCAAUAUACAUUUGCUCUUACUAGUGGGUUGUCCCCUAACACGUGAUGUAGUAGGAAGUACUUUUUUGGUUUUUGGUUACUUUGUGUUUCAGAGGAGGCAACAGAUUAUGUGCAACUUCUGAGGGAAACUGAAUUUUUAAAACCAGUAAACCAGUAACUCCUUGUGCCUCCAAAAAUCAAACUAUAUUCUGAAAUUCUGCAGUGCAUAUACUUUCACCACUUUUGAAGGGAAAUAUUGCUGUAUUUUGCUUCCCACAUUUCAUAGGUUUAAGGAAAAAAAAAAAGCAGCAGAAGCACAUUCUGUGUUUCUAUUAAUGUUUAGCUAAACCUGCAGUUUCACUCUGUAGAGAAUUGAAACUCCUAUGCUCUUAGAUGGGUAACAGCAAGUUUCUAAUAUAAAGAAGAAUCGGCCUUAUUUCAAAGUAAAAUGCUGAGUGUCUGCCUGGAUAUUAAAAUAUCUGAAGUUUGUGGGUUUAGACUGCAAGGAAGAUUUCCAAAGACCCUGUGCACCUUCAAAAAAUUACUGGUUUGGGUAAUUGGACAUGGAUUAAGAAACCCACUUGCAAUCAAAAUAAGUAGAUAUUAAGCAUCUCAUGUUCUGGUGUUGCAUAGCAGGGACAUGGCUGGGUACUUGGAGAAAUCAACACAGUCCAGCUUGUGUCAAAUCUCUCUCUUCUUUCAUAAUUAGUUAAGCACAUUAUCUUUGCUAUAGGGUCAAUAAUAUAAAUGAGUGAAAGCUAACUUUCCUUAAUUGUGACAUGCACAGUGAAAUAUCCAGAGCAGAACAGCUAUUGUAGAGUGUUUGCUAGUGUAGAGUGAAGGUUUUCCUCCUACCAAAAGUUUCUUGAAUGGCCUUUCAACACACAGCAGGAUUUUAGUAAGAUUUUUGCAUUAGCUAUGGUAGCACCCAAUGAAAACCUCAGUGUUUUUUGAAAAGCAAAAUCCAUUUAUCAGUAAAGAGAAUUAUUCUGCAUUGCAGUACUUUUAGCAUUCAGGCACAACGGUGAGAAAUAUAGUCCUGAAUAUUUGGGAAUUAAUAAGCCCUUUUCUAGGCCUUGAUUGAAAUGGCAGUGAUGCUGUACUACUUCCCUGUUUAUGUCUAUAUGACUCAGACACUAAACACAGGCAAUUUAAAAGUUUAAUUACAAAUUCUUUCCCUGUUUAUUCUUCAGGUUCCUAUCACCUGAAAUUAAUUUCUCAGCUCCACCAUAGUCAGAGAAAUUAUAAAUUUCAAUUUCAAAUGUAAAGAAAAAUAUGUGGAGAAGGAAGGCAUGAAGAAACCCCAUAAACUCCACCUAAUAAACAUCCUAAAAAUCAAACCAGUCUGUUCCGGUGAGCAUGGAGGAUUAUAAGUAUGAAACUGUCUGAAAGAAGCCAUGUUCUGUGAAAUACUGGAUUGUGAUCAGCAAAAGUCUAUCUAUGUAGUUUUAAGCUUUGGCCCUUCUACACUCUCCCACACAGUUUUGACCUUGCUGUAUGCCAUUUCCUGUGCCCUUGCCACUAUUUUUUUAUCCUCAUUGAGUUUGUUUCCCUUCCCCGAAGUCCCAUUCACUUAAUAGACAUUUCCACAGAGUAUUCAACUUAGAACCAUCCCUGAUCUUGAAGCUAUUUUCAUCAGGAGUGAAUGCCAAAUAAUAAGAAGAAUGACUAAACUUCCAAAACGGAACUACUGUUAACAUCAAUAACCAAAUUCUGUCUCUCUUUUCAUGCAGCUUACACUAAAAAGAGGCGGAAGGGGAAAGGAGGAACUUGAGCUUCUUCAAAUCUUAGUUUAGUCUGAAGUGACUGACUUAUGCUUAUGUAACACAUUUUUCUCCCUGAUGAUUGAUCUUAAACUUUGUGGCCAAAUAUUUCACAAUUGUCCUUUGGAAUUCCCCAUAGCUUGGGUGUUAACCUUUUUUUGAGCAGUUUUUGUAGUUUUUUAUGGUGUGGCACUAUAUCUAGGUAAAACACAGUUUGAAAUUAAAACUCUGUUCAGAAGUAGCAUAGUAGAUAGCAAAUUGCAGCAUAUGAGAAUUAAAGCACAUGGAUGUAAGUGUAACGUAAGAAUUUGUUUAAAGGGUGAAAAAUAAGAGUACUCAGAUAUUUCUGUGGGGGUGGAGCAGUAGAUGAGGUGCUGUUGUUUAAAGUAAAAAUGUUAGAGGAAGUAGGUUGCAGCCGUUCUUUCACAUUCAAUUAUUUCUCAAGCUGCAAUCGAGGUGAAAAAUAGUGAUUUCUGCUGUUGUCGUGACUGAGUUAUAUCAUGUUACAUUCUCUUCUGCACCUCAGCUGAACCACUGGAAACCACUUUGUUGCUGUUUUCUUCUUCUCUGUUUUAUAAUCUCUUCCAGCAUCAAAUCUGCCAGACCUGGAAGCACACACAAAAUGGUACCUUGUGCAAAGAUGUCAAAUGCGUUGCCAUUUAUCUUGCUCUUCAUAUUCCCAAUGCUGCUGUCAGGGGCUUGGUUUCCCAAAACUUUACCCUGUGAUGUUAAAUCUUCAGAAGAUACUGUGACAGUGGACUGCACCGACCGGCGCAUUACAGAAGUCCCCAGAGGGAUCCCUGGAAACGCUACCAACCUUACCCUGAGUAUUAACCAUAUUCCCCACAUCUACCCAACAUCCUUUGAUCGUCUUGAAAACCUCCAGGAGAUUGACUUCAGAUGCAACUGUGUACCUGUCAAAAUGGGCCCCAAAGACCACGUGUGCACCAGCCCACUGAAAAUUGAGAACGGCAGUUUUGCUGCCCUGACAAGAUUGAAGUCAUUGUAUUUGGAUGCAAACCAGCUGGCAGAAAUACCUCGAGGUCUUCCUGCUACUUUAACCUUGCUGAGCCUGGAAGCAAACCAUAUCUUUUCUAUCCAAAAAGCCAGCUUCUCAGAGCUAGGAAACAUAGAGGUAUUGUAUCUUGGACAGAACUGUUACUAUCGCAAUCCAUGCAAUGUUUCCUUUGAAAUUGAGGAAACAGCCUUCCUGGCGCUGAAAAAGUUGACAACACUAUCCCUGAAGUCCAACAACAUAACACAAGUGCCACCCAAUUUGUCACCUACUUUAAAGGAAUUGUAUAUUUACAACAACAUGAUUCAAGAGAUUCAAGAACGGGAUUUCAGUGGCCUUCACAACCUAGAAAUUCUCGACCUAAGUGGCAAUUGCCCACGUUGCUAUAAUGCUCCAUAUCCUUGCAUUCCCUGUCCCAAGAGCUCGAUUCAGAUACACUCAAAGGCUUUUGACUCCUUGGAAAAUUUAAGGAUUUUGCGGCUUCACAGUAACUCUCUUCAGAGCAUACCCAGCAGCUGGUUUAAAAACAUCAAGAAUCUCAAAGAACUUGACCUCUCCCAAAAUUUCCUUGUGAAGGAGAUUGGAGAUGCUCAGUUCUUGACAUUUCUCCCCAGCCUUGUGCAGCUUGAUCUGUCCUUUAACUUUGAGCUGAAGGUGUAUUCUCCCUUCUUGAAUCUUUCUAAGACAUUUUCCUCCCUCUCUAACCUGGAAACCCUGAGGCUCAAGGGUUAUGUCUUUAAAGAACUGAGGGCACAAGAUCUACAUCCACUGCUCGGUCUUAGGAAUCUAACCAUGUUGGAUCUCGGGACUAAUUUUAUUAAAGUUGCAGACAUGACAGUGUUGGAACAAUUCCCAGCUCUUAAGUUCAUUGACCUCUCAGUGAAUAAAAUUUCUCCUUCUUCAGGGAAAAGCAACUUCUAUGGAUUUUGCUCUAAUCCUGGCAUUUCAGUCGAGCAAUACAACAGGCAAGUACAUCAAGAGAUGCAUUAUUUCAGGUAUGAUGUGUAUGGGCGAAGUUGCCAUUCCAAAGAUAUAGAGGCUUCUUCCUACCAAUCUUUAGUUAAGGAAGAUUGCCUUAACUAUGGAAAAACUCUGGAUUUAAGCAGAAACAAUGUAUUUUUUGUUAACCCCUCGGACUUCCAGGGACUUAGCUCCCUCAAAUGUCUCAACUUGUCAGGUAAUGCAAUAAGUCAAACUUUAAAUGGAAGUGAAUUCUCUUACUUGUCUGAGUUGAAAUAUCUGGAUUUUUCUAACAACAGGGUUGAUUUACUUUACCAAACUGCUUUCAAAGAACUAAAACUCUUAGAAAUUCUAGAUCUGAGCAAUAACAAAUAUUACUUUAUGGCAGAAGGUGUUACUCAUGUGCUUAGUUUUAUGAAAAACCUAGUCCAUUUGAGGAAGCUGAUGAUGAACGAGAAUGACAUUUCUACAACUAUUAAUACAGGAAUGGAAAGUCAAUCUCUCCGAAUUUUAGAGUUCAGAGGAAAUCGUUUAGAUGCGUUAUGGAUGGAUGGCAAUUCUAGAUACUUAUCCUUCUUCAAGAAUCUGACCAGCCUGGAAGAACUAGAUAUUUCCUUCAACUCACUCAGUUUUUUGCCUCAUAGUGUUUUUGAAGAAAUGCCUCCCAGUCUCAAGAUCCUCAACUUAACUAAUAAUCGACUGAAGAGUUUUAUCUGGGGAAACCUCCCCUCUCUGAAGAACCUAGUAACUCUAGACCUGAGCAAUAACCUUCUGACUAAUGUUCCUCGAGAACUGUCCAAUUGCACUUCAUCUCUCCAAGAACUGAUGCUCCGAAACAAUCGCAUUCAUAUGCUAACCAAAUAUUUUCUUAGAGGAGCUUUUCAAUUGAGGUACUUGGACCUCAGCUCAAACAAGAUUCAAAUAAUUAAGAGAUCUAGCUUCCCUGAAAAUGUCAUUAACAACCUGAAGAUGCUGCUUUUGCACGGCAAUCCUUUUAAGUGUAACUGUGAGGCUGUGUGGUUUGUCUGGUGGAUCAAUCGGACGCAGGUGACCAUUCCUCUUCUGGCCACGGACGUCACCUGUGCUGGCCCAGGGGCACAUAAGGGAAGGAGCGUGGUUUUCUUGGAUCUGUACACCUGCGAGCUGGACACAUCGUAUUUGAUCCUGUAUGCUCUGUCAGCUUCAGCCAUCCUUGCCUUAAUGGUGUUCACAGUGAUGAGCCAUCUCUACUUCUGGGAUGUGUGGUACAGCUACCAUUACUGCACUGCCAGGCUGAAGGGCUAUCAGCGCUUGUCUUCUCCAGACGCUUGCUACGAUGCCUUCAUUGCCUACGACAGUGAGGACCCAGCUGUGAACGAGUGGGUGCUGCAAGAGCUGGUUGAAAGGCUGGAAAACCAAAAAGCCAGGCAGUUCAAUUUAUGCCUGGAAGGAAGGGACUGGCUCCCAGGACAGCCCGUCUUUGACAACCUUUCCCAGAGCAUUCAGCUGAGCAAAAAGACCAUAUUUGUGCUGACCAACAGGUAUAUUAAAAGUGGCCGCUUCAAGACAACAUUUUAUAUGGCUCAUCAGCGGCUUCUGGAUGAAAAAAUGGAUGUCAUUAUCUUGGUAUUUCUUGAGAAGGUUUUGCAGAAGUCCCGCUAUGUUCGUCUGAGGAAGAGGCUGUGCAGAAGUUCAGUCCUGGAAUGGCCAACUAAUCCUCAAUCUCAGCCCUACUUCUGGCAGUGCCUGAAAAAUUCCAUAGCUAUGAGCAAUUCUCUGGCUUAUAACAAGCUUCUCCAAGAAACUGUUUAGUUCUACCCUUUCCCUUAGAUAUUGUUUUGAUACACAUGCACCUUGCUUGGUACUUUUUUGUAGCAAGAAAUGAUGCACUACCCCCUGGAAGUCACUGUUACAGAAAAUCACCACUUCCAGCUUUUAGUUCACUAUAGGCCUCCAGCAUUCCUAUGGUUGGGACAAGUGUGGGUUAGACACUUGGUCAACAUGCUAAAUACGCAGAGUGAUGGAGUGGUUGGACCAUGCCUAAAGUUGCUGCUGUUCAGAUACUGUUGGAAUAAAUGGGAUUUUAAUAAAAAUGUAUGGUUUAUCUUUUUGCUGUAUUUAUGAAAAUCAAGAAAAGAAAUCACUGACACAUAAGUGUCCGGAAAUAGCUUUAGAAAAGCUCAUUCUUUGACCUUAGGAGUUGGGAAAAUAAAAGAUUUCUUAUAUUUUCAUCUUAGGAUUACAGCUUCUGAGUCUACCACUUCUGUCUGAAGGGGGAAACUGGGGAAAGCAAAUUCUGUUGGGACUCAUGUCAAGGCCUUGGGUCUGAUACAGGAGCUCUCCCAUUGUUGCACAGUCAAAAAGCUCACAAAUCUGAAGACUUGGAAGUAUGUGUGUGGACUGAAAUGGAGACAUAUGAGUUCAGAACAUCUUGUAGGCU